AUGCUGCCGUAUCUACAGCUGUCAAAUUGCAAUGCAGACCAAGCUGAAAAAUGCCAAAUCGACGGCGCAUUGAAUGUUAAUAUAUCUACAGAGAGGACAAAGCUCGCAACUGACCUUUCGGCCGUUGUGAUUCAUUCGGCGUUCCUGACCAUGUCGCCGAACGGCCCUGACGCGGGAACCCCUGGUCGUAUGGCGCUUUUAGCGUGGUUGAUUUGGCGCUGUAACCUGCUCGGAGUAAGGAGUACUUUGUUCGUUUUGGCGGACGACGUCGGUCAAGGUUGGCGUGUUGGCGUCUCAGCAGUCCUGUCACCCGCGGGAGCUCGGCGUAACUUGAACUUUUUCUUUUGGCUUUGGGCUUCGGCAAAAAUCUUGGAGCGAGCGAAGGAGCAGCCUCGGAGGGACUUGAGCGUUUGUAUGGAUUAUGCGGUCUACAGACUCGGCGAUGUGAUCGCCCCUCCGAGGGUUUGGCGCUACUGUACAAAGGUACAGGUGUACGAAGUAGGGUCAAACACAAGCUCGGAGACCCGGACUGCGACGCCGAGGAAGGGAUCGACGCCGGCAGCCCUGGGUUGCGUGCUGUGCUACCGUGCGCGUUUUCUCUGCAAGUCCACAAUAGGAAGACAACUAUUGGUAGACGAGUACCGGUUUAAAGUCUAUGGUUGUAUAGUUUAUGCCACGCUAAUAUGA